UGUGUUCAACGAUAGUUUUCUCUACGAUUUUUAUACAAUCAAGUUAUUUAGUAAUAGGGCGUUAAUGAGUUUUUUGGAGACAUCAGUUUUGACGAAUUUUGCUCCGGUUGUACAAUCCGGAAAUUUAAUGGAAUCGGAAUUAGGUUUGGAAUCAAUUAUAGAUAAAGCGUUUAAAUUUGCUGUAAAGUUAGAAUUACAACCGAUCGAUGGUGUGUGCAGUUUAUGUUCAAAAACUUGUAAAAUAUACUAUCGAAGCGAUAGAAAAUCGUAUUUGUUAAGAUGUAGCAAUUGCGGUAGAAAAUAUUCUGUUUAUGAUGGAACCUUUAAGGGCAAAUGUGGCAAUAUUUUGUGGGGUGGAAUUUUGUCUUUCAUAUGGCAUUACCUUUGUUUGGAAUGCACGUCAAGAAAUUCGGCUGUUGUUGCAGAUAUUUCAAGAAAGGCAGGCAUCGAUAGGUCAAACCACAUACAUUUAGUGAUGCUUAUAGCUAUGAAUAACAUGACCUCAUUUAAAAUAGGAGGCCUUAAUAAAACCGUCGAAUUAGACGAGACAGUAAUAUGCAAACGUAAAUACGAAAAAGGGUGUAUACUGAAAUCUACAAAAUGGGUCGUAGGAGGAAUAUGCAAGGAAGACAAUAGUUGCUUCAUUUGUGAAGUGAACGACAAAUCUGAAACCACGCUAAAUUCGGUUGUGCCUAAAUUUGUAAAUUCUGAUAGUCUAGUUAUAACCGACGAAUGGAAGGGCCAGCUAGAAACCCGGGAGAAAUAUUCCAAAUAUUCGUAAAACACUUGAGUAAAUAUAUCCAGGUACCGGAAGAACAUCGAAAUGGAUAGAACCAGAGAGUGUUCCCGUCGCACCAGUUUCUAAUAUAAAAAAGAAGAAAAAACAGGAAAAAAGGACAACAUAACAAAGAGAAUGAGUAAUAAAACAAAGAAAAGACCGUCCACAGGUGCUGAAGAAUCGACUUCGUCGGGGUAAAAGCAGAAAAGAAAAAGAAAAA